ACGCCAUGUUUUCAAAAAUGUCAGCGGCCAAAUGCCAUGCUAGCUAACUGGCUGACGCUAACCCUUCAAAUCCUGACCCCCUGUGUUUUACAGCAGACAACGGUAGAAUGCUGGUCCUGUCAAACCUGCGAAAACCAACACAACAUUGAUAUGCUAUGUCUCAUCCUAGACGCUAGAGGGUGCGAAGCAUCCAAGCUCGAAUAAACAUUUCAAAGGCGUCGGUAGAAGAAGAAAAACAAAACAAACGACAGACACUUAGAAAGAGUGCGUUUGUUGAGUGGUUAAUUCUGAGAUAUUUCGGAAGGAAAACUGUUUGUCUUUGUAUACAGAUCAUUUGUCCAUUCUGUCAUUGGGGACGUUGCAGUCUUUCUUUUUCUCAAGUCAGUAUUUAAGUCAUUAUUGUCUACGACGACAUGCUGCAGUGUUCCACCUCGCGCCUGAAGCGAAUGCACCCGUCAAACCACACCGAUUCCGCGAGGCUUGAAGGAGUCGGAACUAAAAAGAUGAGUGAGCUCGGUCAACAUAUGGACACACGCAGACAAGCCUGCAUUGACCUGGAGAAAGCCACUAGGUGCAUCACACAAGCAUUACAGCAUGAAAUAGGUCGGAACCAGGAGCUCUGCGUUUUGAUCUAUCGUCUGGAAGAGAAGGAGGCGGAGAUUAGCGGUAGCCUGACAGAGCAGGUGGAGUCAAACAAGGAGCUGAAGCUGAAAGUUGUUGAACUACAGAAAGACCUGGAGGAGAAACACAAGUCAAUGACACAGGCCAACCAGACUGUGGUUUUGCUGAAGAAGGAACUAAGGGAGCUGCGUCAACAGCGGCAAAGCCAACAAAGUAAUAGGACAGUCCAGGAUGUGAAUGAGUGGUUACAGGGUGAAGAGAGCCAGAUCAGGCAAAUCAGGAUUCCCAGCUCUCCUCUCCAGUUAGACGAGCUGACGGCAGCUGAGGAGCCACUGGUCUGUUCAGAACAGCUGAUGUCCUCUGACAGUCAGAUUCCGCUAGUAUCGCCUGACGGUCAGAUUCCUCUAGUUUCGCCUGACGGUCGGAUUCCUCUAGUAUCGCCUGACGGUCAGAUUCCGCCGGUCUCGGGGAUUAAAGAAGAAAAUGCUGAUAAUGGAUAUGAGGAGUGCAGUCAGUAUGAGAGAACUGAACCCAGAACAGAACGGACACAGACCACCUAUUCAGCUGCAGAUAUUAAAAGCGAACAGAUCCAGACUUCACUGGUCUCGUCUGACGGUCAGAUGCUGCUGGAAGCUGCGGUCUCUGAUGACGAAGAGUAUGGUCAUUCAGUAAAAAGAAGAAGAAACGGGAGCUCCGCAACAGACCAGACCAUGAAUCCAUCGACAGAAAUUAAAGCAGAGCAGGGACAAGAGGAGGGGUUGAACAUGGCUCCAAUCCUCAGCUCUGAAAUGGACCAGUUCCCUACAGACCCGAUGUCUCAGGCCCAUUUAUGGAAAGUGUCAGUGGUGCUGCAGGACUGCUGUCGACCACUAGGGGGCCAAGGGAAGGAUGAGGAGAACAACAGAGAUAAAGAACAGCCUGGUGCCGGGAAAGGAGCAUCUUCCUCGUCCUCCAUCUUACAGAUUGCAGAUACAGAGAAACCAUACUGUUGCUCUCAGUGUGGCAGGAGUUACCGACAAAAGAAGAAUCUCAAACAGCACCAGCGUACUCACACAGGAGAGAGACCAUACCAAUGCGCUCAGUGUGGCAUAGCUUUCACUCACAAGGGCUCUUUGAAACAACAUCAGCGCAUUCACACAGGAGAGAGGCCAUACCAGUGCUCUGAAUGUGGGAAGAGUUUCACUAAUUCCGGAUCUUUGAAACGACACGAAAAAACGCACACUGGAGAGAAGCCAUACUCCUGUUCCUACUGUAGCAAGAGUUUCACUUACAAUCAUAAUCUCAAAACUCAUCAGCGCAUUCACACAGGAGGAAGGUCAUUCGACUGCGCUGAGUGUGGCCAGAGUUUCUCUGAAUGGGAACACCUCAAACAACACAAGCGCUCUCAACAUACAGGCAAAGGCCUGUGCCACUGCACUCAGUGUGGCAAGAGUUUCAUUUCCAACCAGAAUCUCAUACGACACCAGCGCAUCCACACAGGAGAGAGACCAUACCAAUGCACGCAGUGUGAAAAGACUUUCACUGACGGGGGAACUCUUAAACGACACCAGCGCAUUCAUACAGGAGAGAGGCCAUAUCGAUGCACUCAAUGUGGGAAGAGUUUUCAUCAAGGGAUAAAUCUGAAAGUACAUCAGCGAACGCAUACAAAAGAGAGACCGUACCGCUGCACUUUCUGCGGCCACAGUUUCACUCGAGAGGACCAGCUCCAGAGACACCAGCUAAAGUUCCACAACGCCGAUCUGGAGAGGGUGUGAAGUGGAACAUGAUCGGCUGGGAGAUCACAGGUUGUUUUGUGAUUAAUGAAAUGUUUUGAAGUUUUAACUAAAGAGUCACAGAAACAAUUAAAGACUGAGAAAAAAAAUGGCCACAUUAAAGUAAAUAGAUAACAGGAAAGACACGAGCAACAUAAAGAAAAUAGAACAAACAUAGAACACAGCUGCUUCACUUGGCCAGGUGGGGCAGAGCCCUGUCAAAGAUUCCUCCACUAGAAAAAAUAGAUCCAUAAAACAAAUCUUAAAUACAAUGUUGUUUGUUAAUAUAGUCACUGAGACAACUACGGAAUAUUUUUUAUAUUCUAAUAAUUUGCACAAUAUAUAUAUAUAUAUAUAUAUUGUAUAUGAUAAUUUGCUGUACUUCAUCCAAUGGCCGAGCUAGCGCCAUUCAGGCUGUCUACUAGCACUCUUCGGGCUGUCAACUAGCGGCAUGGAAGCGGUCUUCUAGUGGCAUUCGGGCUGUCUACUAGCGGCAUGAAAGCGGUCUACUAGCUUGUUAGAUAGCUAAUUACCCCAUUUCUCAACCUCAGAGCUUUAAGCGUAACUCUCGCCAAAAUGCAACCUAGGGUAUUUUUGUGAAUGUACUCACAAAAUAUCAAAAUCAAAGUCAAAGUCAAAAUUUUGUUUAAAAGCAUAAUUAUGUCGGAAGCGCUACUUUUAAGCUUGACCGUAUUGUCGUGUUCAGGUCAAAUGAGAGUGAAUGAGAGUGGUAGGGGAACUACUAUGUUUGAUGCAUGAUCGUGUGAAAAACGUUAUUUUUCAAACACUAAGAAGGCUCGACACACCAUGAAACUUUGAUCAAAGUAUCACCAGGGUCUCUAUACACAAACUCGAGCAUUGAGAACAUUGUUUGUGUACACAGAGUUCACUAAAAAGAAAGGCUUUGGACAACUCACAUUUCUGUGAAGAAUGUUUUGAAUGUAGAAAGCCUCUGGCACAGUCCAAUGCAUAUGUUGCGUUAGCAUUGUCGACUCGACUGGAGAGCCUAACCGGUCCUGACUGCAAGCGACGCGAACAGCGCAAUUCAACGCAACGUUUUGAGAACUUUUGUCAGACUAUAGUGUCUAUUUCCUUUCUGUCGCUGGUGUUGCUCUGCUAUUUUAAAUGAGAAAUAUUACGCAAUAGAAGGGCAUAUUUAACGGAUUCAGUGUAGACAGCGAAUUCAGUGUAGACAGAUAACACCGAAUGCUACAAGAUAGUUGCUUGCUCGGAUCCUGUUAGGACACGUUGUAACACUACAGUAGGUCAUAAAGCAGCUGUCCACGCUCUCAGUCACGUUAGCAUCGUUAGCAUCAUGGACUCGACUGGAGAGCCUAACACUAGCAAAGACUUUCUAAUGUGGAGACACAGACUCAAAAAAUCCUUCAUAGAAAUGAAUGGGGCUAGUUUGUAACGUUGUCUACACAUAUCCCACCCCUUCCCUGGCAAAAUGUCGACAUGUGAAUACA